AUGUCGAAAAUUCCGGUACUGUAUUCAUAUUGGAGAAGCUCUUGCUCAUGGCGUGUACGUAUAGAUUUCUUAAAAAUCAAUCCAUUUGGUAAAGUUCCCGCAUUUGUUCAUAACGAUGUGAUCUUUGUUGAAAGCCUAGCAAUCCUUGAAUAUUUGGAAGAAAAUUUUUCGGAUCGUUCGCCACUCUUACCAAAGGAUAGCACAGAACGGGCGAAAGUACGAGCCAUUAUUAUUGCUGAUAUACAGCCAAUUCAGAAUAUCGGAGUUUUAAAAUAUAUUAACGAUAAUUUCGAUGGUCAAGAAGUGAGCAAAAUAUGGGCAAAACGAUGGAUAGAAAGUGGCUUCCAAAAACUCGAGAAGAUGCUUCACAUGACAGCCGGAAGCUAUUGUUUUGGUGAUUCGAUCACUCUCGCCGACGUCUGCUUGGUACCUCAGGUAUAUAACGCUCAAAGGUUUGGCGUUAAUCUAGAAAAUUUUCCGACGAUUAAAAGGAUCAAUGAAGCAUUAUUAACUGUGCCAGCCAUCAUGAAAAGCCAUCCAGAUCGCCAACCAGAUGCUCAGUUGAAUUUAUAA